AUGUUGUCCUGGGUGAACCCUCUACGAAUCUUCCAGGCUCUGCUAUCCCUGGCCACCAUUGGUCUCACUGCAUAUGAAAUCGCAUCUCUCUACGACAAAUGGUCCUACUCCAAUGUCAUCUAUUUCAUGCUCUUCAACGGCUGCUGGACAACCGCCGUUGUGAUUCCCUACCUCGGCCUCGCCCCUCUGGCCUUCCCUCGCUUCUCUCAUGAAUUUGCCAUUCCCUUUAUCGAACUCACCACCGGCGGUCUCUGGCUUAGUGGCUGGAUUGCUCUGGCUGUUCUCAUCCCCUCCCCGGGAUCUUGCCACUAUACCAGCUGCCAUGCCUUGCAAGCAUUGGUCGUAGUUGGUGCAGUACAAUGGGCAACCUUCGCUGUGACCAAUACCUUCGCCAUCAUGGACCUGGUCAACUCGCGACGUAACGCGAAGAACCACCGUGAGAACCCGGCCCCCGAGAUGACCGAUGCCAGCAAUGGCACUGCUGCCCAUCCUGAGCCGGCCAACCCCGAGUCUGCUGUUUAG